CUCCCAAUUUGUAAAUCUGUCUUCAAUUGAUUAGUAAUUUGUUAGCCGGAAGCAAUGGUGAUGACAAACUUCACUGGAACCGGUAUCGGUUUUGGUGCUGGCAUUGGUUGCGGAUUCGGUGUAGGAUGGGGUUUCGGAGGCAUGCCUUUGAAUUUCUUGGGUCUUGGUGUAGGUGGCGGCUGUGGGAUUGGAGUAGGCCUCGGAUGGGGAUUUGGCUCUGCCUUUGGUAGCCAGUACAGGAACUCUAGAGUUACAUUUGACGGCACAGAUUUUAUCAAUAAGGAGCAUAGUGAAGAAAGAGAUUCAAAAGAUCUAGCCAAAGGCACUCCUCAAGUUGCACAACACAAGUCAAAGCAAGAUUGCUGGAUCAUCAUCCAUGGCAGAGUAAUAGACGUUACGAAGUUUCUGGAAGAACAUCCUGGAGGAGAAGAAGUGUUGAUUGAAUCAGCUGGAAAGGAUGCAACUAAAGAAUUUGAAGAUAUUGGACAUAGUAAAGCUGCCAAGAACUAUAUCUUGAAAUACCAGAUUGGAUAUCUUCAAGGCUAUAAAAUCCAAGAUGAUGAUGAUGAUAAUUUGUUUACUGAUUCCUACAAAGAACCAAUGAAGGCAAAAGAAAUUGAAGCUUUUGUGAUCAAACAAAACUCCAAGCCCAAGCAUUUGGUUUUUGUUGAGUAUUUUGUGCCUUUCUUGGCUGCUGCAUUCUUCCUGUAUUAUCGAUAUCUCAAUGGAGCUCUCCAGCUUUGAACUCCCACAACAAAGGGAUUAUCAUAUGAUUUUCAUUGAUAUUUAGUGUUUUAUUUCAACCUUCAAAAAGGGGAAAACCCCAUACAUUGAU